AUGUCUAUAAAUGAAGAAGAGCCGGACAUCUUUCAAAGUUUUCAACUAAGCAGCGGGUUUGUCCUCAACACUGAUAUGAUGAAGGAGAAAAUGGAAGCAGAGAAUUUAGGACCAUCACCAGCUUCCACUGCUAUAGAACCCAGCCUCUUCAGAAGACCCAUCAACAACCCUUUGUUCAAUGGAUUUGGUGAUAAUGCACAGAGAUUCCAAGUUGAAACUUUAAGAAUGAGAAGGAAUGGCUCUCCAUUUCUGAAUCGCAAUGCUUUGCUGUUUCUACCUUCCCAUACUCGUACAUCAUCCAACCGGAUUUUCCAAAUCAAACAGGAGGAAGGAAUGAAUAUAGCAAUUAGAGAAGCAAUGCACGAACGGAAACUGCACAUUGCUUUGCAGAUAAGCCAGAACUUUGAACGAUGUUUAAACCUGAAUGAUAACACCAUGAAGCCAUUCACUACAAGGGAUACCCGGAUUCCAGGCUCGCCAAUAGCUUCUGUCAUCAAGAAACCUAGGAAGAGAAUCAAGGAGUACAUGGCCAAAAGUGCCAUCAACUAUAAAAAUGCUGUCCUGAUAUGCAUUGGGAAGCACUUGGCUGGCACUAAAGAGGAAGCUACCAGCAAAUGA